AUGGGAAACGUGGACGCCAUGGGCAACGUAGACGCCAUGGGCAACGUGGACGCCAUAUGCAAUGCACUGAAAGUAGGUCGUAAAAUAAGCAUUGGCGAUCAUUUAACUAUAUUCUGUCUCUUUGUCUUUGUUCCUCUUCUCUCACUGCUUUUCUAUCAAUUUACCUACUCAUCUAUAUUCUCUAAUUUCACUUUCACUUUCACUUUUACUCUUUAUCAUACCCUGUGCUCUUUCCUACAUUUAUCCCAAUUUACUCUCUUUUUCUAUAUUCUCUCCUUUUCUCCUUCUAUUUUCCUAUUCUCUCCUCUCACUGUGCUCAGAUGUUCCUACUUUUCUACCAAUUAUCAUAUUUCAGUCUCUCCAUUCUCUUUCUGUAUUCCUCUUUUUUCUCUCGAUUUACCCAAACUGCUUCUCUUCUUCUUUUUUCUGUGUACUUACACUUACCCUAUUUUUUCUUCAAAUUUCUUUACACUUCCUAUAUUCCCACCUUUUCUUUCUCUCAUCUUUUCUUCGUGCUCACUUUUCCUUGCUUUUCCUCCAAAAUACGAAAUGUCUCUUUUUCCUAUUUUAUCUCCCUCUGAGGUCAGAUUCUCUCAAUCUAACCACUCUUUAUUUAUUUUUCUUUUUUCUUUUUCUCUCUCCCUCUCUUUAUGCUCUUCCCCAUUUUACCACCCCCUUUCUCUCUCUCUCUCCUUCUUUCUCUCUUUGCUCCCGUCUUCCCUACUUAACUCUCAAAUAAUUAACUCUUCCAAUAUUCCCCCAUUCUCCCUUUGUUUUCCUCUCCCCCUCUCUUUGUACGAACACUUUCUCUAUUUCACCACCCUUCAUAUAUCGCCUCCAUUUCUAUCCCUCCCCUCGAUCUGCUCACUCUUUUCCUAUUUUUUGAAACGUAUUCGCUCUUCAUAUCUUCCUCUUUUCUCUCUCCCUCCCCUCCCCCUCUCUCUCUCUUUCUUUCUUUCUUUCUUUCUCUUUCCUCACGCUUUCUCUAUUUUGGUCCCAAGUUACCCACUCUUUCGACUAAGCACUUAUGGAUUUAUUGUUUUACAAUUACUUUUUCUCUUUGUUAUCUAUCAGCAUCCACGCUUAGCCUCCUACACGCCAUUAUUCUUAUUCCGUCUUUUGCCGGCUCUUGUUUUUCUGCAACUCACACUCCAAUACUCAUAA